CUCCCCCUGCCCCGCCCCGCCCUGUCCCUCCUCUUUCCUCGGAGGAAACUUUCCGCCGGCUGGUCCAUUGGCCCGUGUCCGGCCCACGCUGCCGCGGCCUGGGAGCUGAGCCGGGCGGACGGGACCGGACGGGGCGGGAGCGGGCCGGGCCCCGGGUGUCUGCGGCCUCCGGACGCGCCGGGGCCGGGCAGCGGGGCGGCGCUGACGGGAGCGGAGCUGCCCCGAGGAGGAAGCGGGGGUCGGGGUCGGCUCUAGAGGGGGAGAAGGAUCUGACCUUGCCGACCUCGCAGGCUGACAGGGGAGCCGCGCUCCCAAAGCAGCAUGGAUGCCCCCCGAAGGGACAUGGAGUUGCUCAGCAACAGCCUGGCGGCCUACGCGCACAUCCGCGCUAACCCUGAGAGCUUUGGCCUCUACUUCGUGCUGGGCGUCUGCUUUGGCCUGCUGCUCACCCUGUGCCUACUAGUCAUCAGCAUCUCCUGCGCCCCGCGCCCGCGGCCCCGAGGCCCCGCUCCUCGCCGCGACCCUCGCAGCAGCACCCUAGAGGCUGAGGACGAUGACGACGACGACGACGACGAGGACACGGUGACGCGGCUGGGCCCUGACGACACGCUGCCGGGCCCGGAGCUCUCCGCGGAGCCCGACGGGCCCCUGAGCGUCAACGUCUUCACAUCCGCGGAGGAGCUGGAGCGGGCACAGCGGCUGGAGGAGCGGGAACGGAUCCUGCGGGAAAUCUGGCGCACCGGACAGCCCGACCUGCUGGGCACCGGCACGCUGGGGCCCAGCCCCACGGGCACCGGCACCCUGAGCCGAAUGCAUUAUUACUGACUGGCCCCGCUCCCGCUGCAAGGCGCUCUGCAUACUGGACAUGCAUAGGAGCUCCGAACUGCCCCAGGACCUUUGAACUGCUCCUGCCUACGGUUGCUAUGGAGGCCCCGCCCCCACGGCUCCCCCCGGUGCUAUUGGGCUCGGAUUCUCAUCCCCUCGGAGAUACCCUUCCCCAGUCCAGCCAGAAGGCCCGGGGCAGGGGGGGGGGAAGGGUAGGAAGCAGGGCCCCCCACCCCCCUCUGUGGGGUUAACAGGUGAAGUGACCAAUGAAAGCUGCAUUCUCAGUGA